CAGCACAGAAGAUUGCGCCGGUCGUCUCAGCCUCAGCCUCAGAAGUUGCGGUCUUCGUCAUAAAGCUUUCUCUGUGAAGCAUUCAUAUCCAAAAAAAAGUAAAUAAAUAAAAACUUGUUUCAGAACUCUGCACUUCGCCUUGUUGUUGCGAAAGCGAGAAAUGGCAGCUCAUAGGAGAGUCGGUGUGGCCGUUGAUUUCUCCCCUUGCAGUAACAGAGCUCUCCAAUGGACCGUGGAUAAUCUGGUCCGAGAAGGGGAUCAUCUCAUUCUUGUCAACAUCAGCCAAGAAUCGGAUUACGAGAACGGCGAGAUUCAGCUCUGGGCUGCUACUGGCUCUCCUUUGAUUCCUCUGGCCGAGUUCUCUAAUCCAGUUAUCAUGAAGAAGUAUGGAGUGAAACCUGCUGCAGAAACACUGGAUAUUGUCCAAACUGCGGCUAGACAACACAAGGUUGAAGUCCUGUUGAAGAUCUAUUGGGGAGAUGCUCGUGAGAAAAUUUGUGAAGCAGUUAAUACCACACCUCUGGACUGCCUUAUCAUGGGGAACAGAGGCCUUGGUACCCUCAAAAGGGCUAUAAUGGGUAGUGUCAGCAACUAUGUAGUGAAUAACGCGUCUUGCCCUGUGACUGUGGUGAAGGCAGAGUCCCAUUAAAGCUGCUUUUCUAUGUUGUUUGCUCUAAGUCAAGGGAUAAGCUUUUAUCUGGUUGAGCCAUGACUACCUUGCCUGCUGGAUAAGUUGUAUUCUGCUGCUUUCCAAAAUGAACUUAGGUUCUAGUAAAAUAAUGAUGUUAUGUAAUCUUUAUGUUUUGUACUGGAUGAAUUUGAGUGCUUAUAUAGUCGGUGUUUGUGUUGCAUGUUUCAUGAUGCACCACGCAUUCACUGUGUUUGUGCCUA